AUGCCUCCUCGGUCUCGAGCUGGAUGCCCCCGAUGUCGUUCGAUGAAAAUCAAGUGUGAUGAGACCAAGCCGAGCUGCAGACAAUGCUUGAAACGCAAAGUCACCUGUCCGGGCUACAAACGUCCGAUCAAAUGGAGUGACAAACACGAAGUCUUCAACGCUUGGAGACCGAAGCCGCCUUCUGCACGAGACUCAGGACCGCUCCCACUCAACGCGGUCGACAGUGCCAGUGCGACAGAGCCAAACCUGCUUGUCGAAGCAUUUCAACCGACGCUGAGAGCACGACCAACCCAGAUUGCCCCCACAACAUCACACAGCUUGGUUACGGACGUGGUGUCCUCAUCUCAACAGACACAGCCCCGGAACAGCAACGAUCCGAACCAUGUUCCUUUUCCACCUGCCGUAAACAACGAUGACAACGACAGAUCUACCGCCGACAUCUUGCGUGAGGAUCUUCGCGAGUGGUUGACAAGCCACGAACCGCUGGCCCUCUUGGAACAGCAAGACUGGACUUGGACGAUCGAGGGGUCUGGGUUGGGCAGUGGCGAAGGUUCGACAUUCAGCGCCACGUUAGACUGCUGGGAUGCAGGCCCGUCACAGGGCAGCGAAUUUAAUCAAGCCUUGGUACAAUACUUUUUCGACAACCUAUGUGGCAUUCACUCCGUGCUCGACGACACAGCAGAGCGUUUCAAAGCCCUAGUCCGUCGCUAUCUGAGCACGUCUCCGCUCCUUCACAAGAGCGUCGUGUGUAUGGCCGCUGCCCAUUGCUUCCAGGACGACGAGUCCAUGCUCUCCACAUGCCUCGAGUGUCAUACUGCUGCGGUCAGAUCUUUAUCAGAGGCAGUUUUCCAAAUCGAGACAGUUCUGGAGCAGUCGACAGACUCCCCGCAAAAGUCAGCACUGUCUGACGAAAACAUGUUGCGCAAAUUGGAAGAAACUUUAUUGGCAUCCAUCAUCCUAGGAUUUUGCGCACCUUGGUCCGAUCCACGAGACCUUGGUCUGCCACACCUCCGUGGAGCCAGGAAAUUAUGCGAAUACCUUGUCAACUACGUAACCAAGGACGGCAGAGAACCAGAAAAGGCACUGAUGAACACAGACCACCACUUCUUGAUAGGCGCAAUGUCCUAUUGGGAAGCUUGCAUGGCUUUCGUCGUAGAUCAGCCCAAAACAGUGGUGCACUACCUGUACCAGUUUUGUCAGCCCACCAAAACGACAUACAUCCAUAUGUUUGCUGGAAUCAGUCUACCACUAUUAGUCACGCUCGCCAGGGUCGGCAUCUGUGUUCGCCAGAACAGGGCUCUGCGAAACAUGGUUGGGGUUGGCUGGAAAGAUCGAGAAUCCUAUCAAAUUCUCGCUUCCGAGGUCACUCAAGAUGCAAUCGAAGUGGCCGAAUAUGCCCUCGACUACGAAAUCCCUGCCGAUGAGACUUUCGACACGAAGACCCUCGGCUCCUCUACCUAUCGGCAACUCAAGGCAUUCUCGCAAAUGUGCAGGUUUGCAAUCUUGCUUGAGCUACAACGAAACUUCCCAAGUCUCCUGGACUCCCAGUUUGACGAUGCCGAGGCCGCCACCCCCGAAAGUCGCCCUUUCCCAAGAACAAUAAGCCUCGAUCGCUGGUAUUUUGAGUUGUCAGGAGCAAUCCUCAGCCAUGCACAAGACAUUCCCGAAGGAUCCACGUGUGGCUUGUAUCAAACAAUCCUGCUGAUCAUCUGUGGGAGCGUACUACGAGCCUCCAAGAAUACAAGCUCUGUAUUUUCUCGCCAGCGUACCUUGCGUGACAAGGCGGAAACCCACGUAUUAUCGACUCUUGCACGACAUGAGGAGCUUGACAAACGUCGCGCCUUUAUCCGACGGCGCUUGCAGUCUAAUUGUGCUUCAUUUGGCCUGCGCCAAGUCUUCUCUAGGGCAGAGUUGCUGUUGGAGGAUGUCUGGAACGAAUUUGAUGCUGGCACAGGUGAAGGCGAUGACCUCCGGUCCAGUCGUCACUGGAUCGACGUUAUGGCUGAUCACAAGUUGGAAACAUUCUUUGGCUGA